AUGGGUCUCAUGGGCAUGAAGGAGGGAAGGCCGGAAACCGACAUGGUUCCGACCUUCCUCGGUCUACGAGGUAUUAAUCUCAACUGGGCGAUUGGCUUUGCCGCUUCGGCUGGUUUCCUCUUGUUCGGCUACGACCAGGGUGUGCUUGGCUCGCUCUAUACGCUCCCUUCUUGGACCAAGCAGUUCCCUCAGAUUAACACUAAGGCAGAGGGUGCUGAUAAAGCCACCUCCAACGCUGCGACCCUACAGGGUCUCGUAACGGGUGUCUACGAGCUCGGCUGCUUCGUUGGUGCUAUCUCCAUGCUCUACUUUGGUAACAAGCUAGGUCGUAGGGCCAACAUCUGGAUCGGCUCCAUCAUCAUGGCCGUCGGCGCCAUUGGCUGCGCUGCUGCGUAUAGUCUGGCACAGCUUUUCGUCUUUCGUGUCAUCCUCGGCAUCGGUAACGGUAUGCACACUGCAACCAUUCCUGUGUGGCAGAGUGAAUGCUCUCCCCCUCACAAGCGAGGCAUGCUGAUUAUGGUCGAGGGUGCCAUGAUUACCGGAGGUAUCUGCAUGGCCUACUGGAUCGACUUUGGCUGCUUCUUCCUCGAGCCCAGCUCGGCUUCCUGGCGAUUGCCUCUGGCACUUCAGAUUGUCCUCAUUUUGCCCACCUUUGUGACCGCCUUCCUCCCGGAGUCGCCCCGUUGGCUCAUGCUCAAAGGUCGCGAGGAGGAGGCACGAUGCGUCAUCGCCGCCCUCGACAAUGUCCCCGUCGACGACCCCAUGGUCGGCAAGAAGCUCCACGAGAUCGAGGCUUCGCUCGUCGCUGCCAAGACCACCCGCAUCUCUGACCUCUUUACCAACGGCCCGGAGCGCAACUUCCACCGUACUGUACUCGGCUUCAUCUCGCAAAUGUUCCAGCAGAUCUCCGGUAUCAACCUCAUCACCUACUACAUCGGUAAGACGCUCCAAGAGAACCUGGGAUUCUCCGACAUCAAGUCGCGUAUCCUCGCCGCCGCCAACGGUACCGAGUACUUCCUUGCAUCCUGGGCUGCCGUGUUCUUUAUCGAGAAGAUGGGCCGUCGUCCCCUCAUGCUUGGCGGUGCUGCUGGUCAGUGCAUCUGCAUGAUCAUCCUUGCCAUCCUCGACGUCCCCAGCAUCAAGAGAUCCGGCAGCGGUCCUCCCAUCGCCUCGGUCGUCUUUUACUUCCUCUUCAACACCUCUUUCGCCUGGGGUUGGCUCGGCAUGACCUGGCUCUAUCCCGCCGAGAUCACCCCCCUCGCCAUCCGAGCGCAAGCCAACGGUAUCUCCACCAGCGCCAACUGGAUCUUCAAUUUCCUUGUUGUCAUGGUGACGCCGAUUAUGUUCGAUACCAUCGGUUAUCGCACGUAUGUCACUUUCGCAGUGCUGAAUUUCGUCAUCCUUGUCACCACGUACUUUAUCUUUCCCGAGACCGCCGGCCGCUCUUUGGAAGAGAUGUCGACGAUCUUCGCCCACUCGAGCAAAAUCAAUCCUUACGAUGUGGUGCGAAAGGAAAAGAUCACGCCCAGGCGAUACGACAAGCAGGGGCACCUCAUCAACGACGACCUCGACAUUGUCUCGGACGACGGCAACAACGAUCUCGAAAAGAACGUCGUCGGAAGCAAGCGUGGCGACCAGACCAACUUGGCCACAGAGGACGCUACCGCGACGCCUACUUCGGAAGGCAACAGCUCGGCAGAGCAUGCUCCUCGCUCAUGA